CAAGGGCCACUUCUCCCUCUCCCUUCGCUCUGCCCAUCAGUGCUGAGCUGUUGCUGCUGCCUGGGCUUUUGCUGCUGCCUGCUCUGAAGCCAAUCCCGGCAGGAUGGGCACUGCUGCCCCAGUGGAGAUGGCCAGAGACACCGUGGAGGAGAUGGAAGUGGACAUGGUGCGGGAUAGGGAAGAAAUGAUGGAGGUGGACACGGAAGAGACUGCCGAGGACAUGGAAGUCGACGUGGAGGACAACAUCGAGGAGAUGGACAUUGAUGUGGAGGACAAGAUGGAGGAGAUGGAAGUCGAUGAGAAGGAUGAGGAGGAGCCCAUGGUCCUUGGAUGAAGAUGGAG